AUGGGGAAGCUGCUGGCGCUGGCUCUCGUCGGGAUAGCGGCAGCUUUGGUAGCCGAGCGGCUGCUGGCGUUGCGGAACAGGCUCAAUGCUUCCCGGGAAGUAGCUCCGGUAACCCUCCCGAACUGCCGCCUCAUUAAAGGCAUUGAAACUGGUUCAGAAGACAUCGACAUACUUCCCAAUGGCCUGGCUUUCAUUAGCUCUGGCUUGAAAUAUCCAGGAAUAAAAAGCCUUGCACCAGACAAGCCAGGAGAAAUAUUUUUGAUGGAUUUAAAUGAAAAUAACCCCAGAGCAGUGUCACUGAGAGUCAGCCGAGGGUUUGACCUGGCAUCAUUUAACCCUCAUGGAAUCAGCACCUAUACAGACAAAGAUGACACUGUGUACCUCUUUGUUGUGAACCAUCCCCAGCAGAAGAGCACAGUAGAAUUGUUUAAGUUUAUGGAAGAUGACAAUUCUCUUCUGCACCUGAAAACGAUCCGACAUGACCUCCUGAUAAGUGUGAACGAUAUAGUAGCUAUGGGACCAGACAGUUUCUAUGCCACCAAUGACCACUACUUCACUGAUUUCAUCUUGAUGGCCUUGGAGAUGUUCUUGGGUUUAACUUGGUCAAAUGUUGUUUACUACAGUCCAAAAGAAGUUAGGGAAGUAGCAGCUGGGUUUUAUUCAGCCAAUGGAAUUAACACCUCACCAGACAGAAAGUACAUCUAUGUUGCAGAUGUACUUGACCACAAUAUCCAUGUUAUGGAGAAACAUGCCAACUGGAGUCUAACCCAUGUGAAGACCCUGCAGCUGGACACAUUGCUCGAUAACUUGUUUGUUGACCCUCACACUGGAGACAUCUGGACAGGAUGUCAUCCCAAUGGCAUGAAGCUGUUCUACAGUGAUCCUGACAAUCUGCCUGCAUCUGAGGUGCUGCACAUCCAGGACAUGCUGGGGGAGCGGCCAGUGGUGACGCGCGUCUACGCUGACGACGGCUCCGUGCUGCAGGGCAGCUCCGUGGCAGCUGUCUACGAGGGCAAGCUGCUUAUUGGCACUGUCUUCCACAGAGCUCUCUACUGUGAGCUGUAGCUCAGAGAGGAUGAGAUCCACUCAGAGGCCUGUGAAUCAUGGCAAUUGGGCCAAGAGCUGGCAUUGAAAUAAUCUCCACUGAGCAGAAGGAAGGAAAGAACAAUCAGGGCAAGAUCCAUGUCCUUCCCCUCACAGUCUGCCCCAUGCAGCAACAGCUGUCCAGUCGUGCUCUCUGUUAUUUUCUCUGGAAUGACCAAGAAAUGGGCAAGAAAAGUGAGGACUCGAUACAAAUGGUAAUAAAGAUUCAGGAUU